AGACCAGUUAUGGUUGAUAUUAUUGAUCUUUGUAAGAAAUAUCAACAAAAAGGAAUGUAAUAAGCCUAAUACGAUCCAAGAGAAGUUGAAUUAGUUGAUUUAGGAAUAGAAGGUAUUGAUCUGAUUCAUAAGAAGUAUCUCAAAAAUAUUAUUUAUUCUUUAACUGAUAAGUAUUAUUUAUUGUAUACAUAGAUUUACUGAAUAAGAUCUUGUAUAUAUUGAAAGUUUUUGUUCUGAUGAAAAUACUUAAUACUUUUCACCUAUGAAACUUAUUCUUUAUUUACAUUUAAGAUAUUAGGAAAUUAAAAUGAAUGGCAGAGAAUUAAUCACAGAAGUGUUAUCAAAGGUUAUACCUAUGACAUUUGAUAUACCAUAAAAAUUAGAAGCUGAAAUACCUGAAAAUUAUAUUAAAGAAGGUCUUGAAGGUUAUUUAGAUAUUAAUAUAUUGGAUAAUUUUCUUAAAGAAUCUGUUAAAUCCAACUUUUAUAAAGAUGAAUAUAGAAUCAUUUUAAUUUAAUGGUUAAAUAAAUUGAAAUCAAAAAAAAUAGAUUCAAUAUCCAAUUUUAUAAGUGAUCAAAUCUCUUAACUACCUUAAUGA